AUGGAAUCUACCCUGGAAUCUCCGUCAAGACUUCCUCUUCUACCAGAGAAGAGUCCCACAACUCCCGCAACAUCCAAUGAUACGGAUAGCCUUCUGCGCUCUCCAAUCUCGCCGAAAGCACAAAAGGCCUUCAUGAAAGGGGCUAUGACUUCGUUGGUCUGGGGUGCGUGUGCUCCGUGCAUUCCAAUUAUGAUUGUGACCUGCAUGCUCUUGAAACCCAUUCUCAGCCAUCGGAUCAAGGAUAGCCUCGUCUUUGUGCCGACGAGUGACCAGGCGACGACGGGCAACGAAGCACUAGACGCUCUCAAGGGUAUCCAAAGUUUCCAGAGCUCUGGCGGUAGCAAGGCGUAUUAUCUGCAUCACAACGAAUGGACCAACCCGGCAGUACUGCACAUGAUCGCUUCCUGGUCGGCAAAGAUUCUACCUUUCGUGACCGGAACCUCGAUGGCCCUGGUAGCUUUCUUCGCCGGCCACCAUUUUAUCUGGACGACCCAGAACAAUUCGAAGAAACUGCCGAGCCCGCAUCAAGUAUCGAUCCUAAUCGGACUGCUGAAUGGAGGUGGCACUCAACCACUCAUCGACACUAUCAAGUAUCGAAUGCACCAUGACGAGCACCUUGUGCAACCCCUUCCGAUUGCAUUUUGGAGCCUAUCAUUCAUUGUUGUGAUGACCUUCGCGAUUGGUGCGAUCGACAGCUGGUUCGGCGCCACAACCACCGCCCUGAACAUUGCACUUGUUACUCCCAGUGCCAAUACUUCACACUCCUUUGGGAGAAGUCUAAUCUCUGACUGCAUUUCGGAAUCAUGGCAGCAACAUAGCUGUCCUUCCAAUGCUCAGGCGACAUGUGCGUAUCCGUGCAGCAUCUCGACCUGGAAUGCUUCUUCGGGUCAAGAGCGGGAAGGCGUGAAAAACGCCCAACAAGCGGCGCAAACUCUGAUGUUUCGUUCUAAAAAUACAACAGUGUUGAAUACCACACUCAAUGGGGCCAGUUAUUUCUUCCUGGGCGAUGUCGAUGGCAAUGCGAAGCUUGACUUCAGCGCGACAGCCGUUGCCGUUUCGACUCAGUGUCAAAUGGUGACUCCAAACUGCACUGUGCGGCCCGACCUUGGGCCCGGCUUUACCUGCGGCUCGUACAACGCACCGUCGUUUUCAUAUUCGGGAGCAGUUGGUUUUGCUCCCAGCGCCGUGACCUCCCCUUCCGACAUGGCAAUGGUGGGUAUUCAGUUCUUCAACGACACAGAGUGGAAUCAACCAGUCGGCUUCGGGGACAAUACCACGGACCUGUUUGCCGUGAAAAACCCAAUCUACUUCCUGACCUGGUCAAAGGGCUUUCCACCGAUGAACACACACGCAUCAGAUGGGUUCUCUGCCAUGCGCAAUGGCCGUUAUUACCAAUAUGACGACACGGGCGACGCAGUGUACAUUCUGGACUGCUCAACCUCGAUCUACGACGCCGAGUAUUACUGGGUCAACGGGACUGUGGCUUCCAUUGAGAUCAAAGCGCUCAAAUCCGGGUACUACGGUGCAGCCUUGAGCGCUCCAUUUUCCACGUACACGGCACUCGCUCACCUCUCGCUUCAAGACGCUGCGGCUUUGGCGGCGUAUCAAACAGAUCCACAGAACUUGACCGCUUUGUACUCCAGCUAUUUCUCCCGUGCCGCUAUUGGCUUGACCUCUGGCUUCUCUGUCGCAGUGGCGAAUGAACGCGAGUCAAAUAGGACUAACAGCUACCUUGCAACGCGCGUUCCGUUGGUGCCGUUGUACACCCUGAUCGCCCUCAAGGCAGUGUAUGCCGCGUUUGCUCUGGGCCUGGCCCUGCUAGCAGUCUUCCUGGCGAAUCCAUCCCAGUCUCAGGAGGCCAAAGAACGUCUCACGAUCCACGGUCUCGCGGCCGGGUUCUUCGAGCCGAAAAAACAGCACGAACGAGCCGUCAGGAACGUCCAGGACCUGUUCGAGGAGCACCGAGACCCGGAACCCAGCGAUGACACCAAGCGCAUCGGCAUGGUGCGGACGCAGCAGGGCGGUUGGCAGUGGGUGACGCUUGCACGGAAAACCGCCGACACCUUCGGGAUUCCAGAGAUGGUGAACAUUGCAGCAGAUGAGGCUGCGGGUCGACAAGACGGCAUUGGGAGGAUGGCUCAGGGAUUGAGACUAGUUAAUGAGAUCAUCUAG